AUGCCGCUUCAGCUACGCGAAGCCCGGUCGGACGACAUCCACGCUAUGCGCAACGUCUACUACUCCGCCUUUGGGGAUACCAUUAUCGGAGGCCACGUCUUCAUGACGAAUAUUGAAGCUUCGGAUCGCUUCUGGGACGCUUCGUUUAAGGACGAGCUUGUGGAUUCUUCCUGCCAACUCCUCGUCGUCACCAACAAGGACACACCUGACUCGCCGGAGGAAAUUAUCGCUUUUGCAAAAUGGUGUCUCCCCGGAGCUUCAAUCGAUGAUCCGCCACCCGUAGAAGCUUGGCCAAGCCACGGAGAACUCGCCGUCGACUUCUUUGGAGCCAUGACAAAAGGACACCGCAAAUACAUGGGCGACAGGCCACACUGGUACCUCGAGUGUAUCGGGACGCACAAGGACUGGAGGGGCAAGGGAGCGGCGGGUUUGCUCAUGCGCUGGGGUCUUGAGCGGGCGGACGCAGACAAGCUCCCAUGUUUCCUCGAGGCGACUCCGAAGGGGAAGCCAGUUUAUGAGAGGUUUGGGUUCAGGACUUUGGGUGAAGAGGUGUUUGAGUGGCCGCAGGGAACAUCUGUGGAGGCGUACAUGGAGCGUGAUGCAAAGAUGGACACUGUGGCGAACGGAGAACAACCGGGUCAUUAA